UAAACAUAAAAUGUUUUCUGAUUCAACAGAGGAAUGGAUGUGCACAGAGAUUAGCACAAAGGAAGAUGAUCACAAAACUUCUGCUGCACCAAGAUGGCAUAUUACAUCAAGCCACCGGAUGGAUUUGGAACCCUUGAGAAGUUGAGGGUCUAUGCCCUGAGGCGGAUGAACUUUCUGGUUGAAGUCGUGAAUUGUGCCGAAGCAACAGAUUUCCAGCAGCUCUUGGAGAAGGGCGCGACUGCUGUGGACUCUGAUUGCCUCAUAGAGGGUUCUAAGAAAGACAGGAUUUCACACUUUUUAUUACGACUCAUAUGCAGUCCUGAUGCAGAGCUGUCCACUUUCUUGUUGAAAGCUGAGACAGAACUCUUCUGCCACAGGUUCUCUUGUAUGAUCUCAGACGAACUUGUGAAAUUCUUGAAAGCCACCUAUCGCUUCCUCUGCAGGCUUCAAAGACAUCAUGAACUAAGCUCUGCCAAACCCGCCCAAUCAGCUUUCCCACAACAGACCCUUUCAUCUAUAUCAAGAUCCCAUGAGGCGUUCUCAAUCGCUGUCGGUAAUCUCCUGCAUGUCUUGGACGCAGUUCUUGAGGCUGCCGGAUCCUGGAAACAGGCGGUGAAACUUUACAUGGACUAUUCAUCCAGUGUAUUCGCUGUUCCUUUUCAACAUGCCCUGUGUUUGGUGGCCUCUCGUCAGGUGAUCCUGCACAGGGGUGCUGCCUUUGUGCCAUUCUGGAGUCUCCAUGUUGUGCUGGCAGCCAUGUUUGAGGAUAUUCUGCGUGAGGGAAUCAGGGUCGCACGUCAUGUUCCCAGUCGUUUCCUGGAUGAUUACAGGAUGAGGAAGAUAUCAACAGAGGUCCAUGCAUCUUAUCUUAAAUCUCAAUCAGGACUCAGAAGCUAUAACAUCUCUGCUCCAGGAGAUAGCAACAUUAUCCAUGAGUGUGAUAUAGACCAUCUUCAUCAACUUUUCCCUCCGUGUAUGAGCCAUCUUCAUCGGACGCUGAGGAAGAAGCACCGUCUACGCCAUUUUUCAAGAAUCCAAUAUACACUCUUCUUAAAGAGCAUUGGUCUCCCUGUUGAUGAUGCCAUCCACUUCUGGAAGAGGGAAUACUGUAAGCCAGCGUCUUGCCACGAGAACCAAGGGGGAGGAUGCCAGCACUCGUGGGUCAAGGAUGAAAGACGAUACACCUAUGGCAUCAGACAUCUGUAUGGGUUGGAAGGCUCAAAGACUAAUUACAGAGCUCACAGCUGCAAGGCAAUUCAGAUGAUGCAGCUUGGGUAUGGUGAGGAAGGGGGAUGCCCUUUCAAACACUUUGAUGAUCCGAGUCUCCAGGGACUGAUGGACAUUGAGGAGAUAGUAGGACCACGGAGAGGAGACAUCGCCUUGGAGAGACAGAAGGAGAGAUACAACACAGCUUGUGGGAAGUGGCUGCUUGCCAAGCAGUCAUUGAUCAGGGAGCGAUGUGACAGGAAGUCAUCUCAUCAAUCAGAAAGGGUCUCAAGCUCUCAUCCAAGGGAUUGUGGGAUACAAAGUACGGAGGCCAAACUAGCAAGAGGCAUCUCCAGAGAUGAACUAGUCAAGCACAGAAGGCCGGGCUUUGUGAGUUCAAAGCGGGUGUUCUUUAAAAAGACUCCAGCAAUGUCGAUUCAGUCAGAUGAUGCUUUGGUAAAGGAGAGUGAUCAAGGCAGUGCCGAGAUGAUGGCUUUUGAUGAACAACUCAUGCAACGUGGAAGUCAUUGCACGAAAGAGUCGUCUCUUGAUUUAUAUAGCCACCGGACAUCUUUGAAUACGGACCCUACAUCACCUUGCAAUAGCCCAAAUAAUGCUUGCCAAAUGAUGAAUGAAGAUGUAGCUAUGAAAGAAAAUGAGAUGCACAUUCCUUGUGAGGACAACUCUGAAGCAACUACUCCAUUGCAGUGCAAAUCAUCAACUGUCAAAGGCAGAGCAUCGAAUUGUAGUUGUCCUGAAUCAUUUUCAAAGUGUCAUCCUUGUACAUCAAACUGUCAGAUAAAGGAUAAUGCUUUGAAACCGGGAAGUGAAGUGACACCUGAAUAUCCCCUCAAAUCACCCCAAAUGACAUCGACUGUGAGUGUGACAGAAACUAAUGUGACCAUGGACAGAACUUGCACCACCGAUCAAGUUGAUAGGAAAAGGAAACAUGAAUGCUUGCAUGAAGCUGAUUCAGUUCCAUCUCCCUCGUUUGAUAGAAAUGUUUUAGAUAGUCAUUUGAAUGUCCAAUCAAGAGAAGAGAAAGUCUUGCCAAGUAAGGUUAAUCUCGAAAACGAUUUGAAUAAUUUUGACGUAAAAUUGGAAGAAAUCAAAAUUCACAGACCUUCUGAUUUUUACUAUGGUAUGGGAAGAAUGGUUGGUCAUUUUAACCAGACAAGCUAGUUGAGUAGAUGGCUAAAUAUAUCUAUAAGUCUGCAAAUUUGAUCAUGGGAAUUUACCACUGAUUUUACUUAAGUGAAUGCUUUCUUACAAUAUCACUACAUAAAAUUACAUAGAAUAUCAUAUAUACAAAUUAAUAUAUGGUACCAGUGCUCCCAGUGUAUCAUUUGGUGGCCAGGAAAGAGGAUAGCAAACUUGAUCACUGUGAUGUAUUGGUUCCUCCGCCCAACCAACUGAUGCAUUUGGUAGAAAUAUAGCGUGAAGAUGAAUAAAAUGGCAGUAAUAAAUCGGAAUAAUGAUAAAGAUAAUGGAAACAAUAACAAAUGCCUUAAAAGAGAUGUUACCAAAAGUUUCAAUCAAUAAAAUAAAUCAAGCAUAUCUGUAUAUUUUACACCCCCUGGCCUUGUCGGCUUCUCCUGCCCUCAUCUGAGUACCUACCCUAAGGCUGAGGAUAAGGUGGAGGCUGUAACGAUUUUCUUUAGGCUGGCUUUCUCGCUAAGGCAAGCCUCAUGGAGUAAA